AUGGACUCGGACCCCUUCGACGACGUCCUCAACCUCGAGGAGCAAUUCUUCACCGAGGGCUACCGCCAGGGCACCGAAGACGGCAUCCUCGCCGGCAAGAUCGAGGGCCGCUCCGUCGGCCUCGCCAAGGGCUACGAGAAGUUCCUCGAGAGCGGCCGCGUCCACGGCCGCGCCGUCGUCUGGGCCAACAGGCUCUCGCUCCCGCAAAAGACCAAUGCCGUACCCGCAGACCAGCAGCAGCUCAAGACGUGCUCCCUGCCGCCCCUCGCGCCCAACGCCAGGCUCGAGAAGAACGUCACCGCGGCUUUCGCGCUCGUCGAGCCCGACACGCUGGCCAAGGAGAACAACGACGACGCGGUCAACGACUUUGACGACAGGUUCAAGAGGGCCCAGGGCAAGGUCAAGAUCGUGGAGAGGAUGACGGGGGAGACGUCUACUUCCAAGGAGGCGGCUGAGGGGGCCAAGGCGGAGGCGAAGGAGGUUUGA